AUGAAUUGGAAGAAUUCGGUGCUGGAAAUAACAAUCUUGGUGAUAAUUCUUAGAAGUGGCGUGAAUGGUAGUACAUGUGCCUCUUCCUCGUCAUGUCGAUGUCAUUAUUCUGAAGGAGAUAUUUACGCCGACUGUUCCAAGCUGGGUCUUUCAAGGUCACCUCUAUUCUGGUCGAAUGUCACGAAAAUCAAUCUCAGUCAUAACAAUUUGAAUCGACUUCCGAACCGAUCCAAACUUCCAGAUGACUUAGAUUACUUGGAUCUUUCUAAUAAUGUCAUAAAUGAAUUUACCAAUGAAGCUUUCCAAGGACUACAGAGGCUGACUGAUCUGAAAUUGCAAUCCAAUCGCUUUAGGAUUACAAGUAACCUUUCCAAAAACAUUUUUGCAGAUUUAAUCAGUAUAAGAAACCUAGAUUUGUCCGACAACCCUGAACUUACGUUUCCGGUAAUGCCCUAUUUGAGCAGCCUUCAAAACUCUUCUAUUGAAGUUCUCCGUUUGAAUAAAAUCCAUUGUACAUUUGGAUUAGGUUUAGAGGUAAAAAUAGAAGAUUUAAGAUUUCUUCGAUACACCAACUUAAAGGAAAUUGAUAUUUCAAGUAAUAGAAUUGAACUUUUUGAAAAUAGAGCACUUUCAUUUUUACCUGAUAGUCUUAAAAGAGUAUCUAUCGCUGAUAACAACCUGUCAUUUGGUUAUUAUGUCUUUGAUAUUUCCUCAAUGAAAGGAUUAGAAUGGUUGGAAGCGAGCUCACAAGGUAUAACCCAUAGCCCUUAUGAUUUUAUUUAUAACAGACCAUGUCAUGAUACAUUGGUUAAGAAGAAAACUUCACUUUCUAUAUCAAAAAAUGAUCUUUCUCAUAACACAUUCGAUCUUGGCAAUAAAUCAAGGUUGAAAAGAAAUAUAAAGCAAGAAAUGAAGGUAAAAAUGGUUGACAUUUUUCAGAGAAAAAAAUUAAGCAUCGUUUUUAACAUCUCAUUACCAGAGAAUUUAAAAUCAAUUUUCUUCAAUCAAAGCGGUUUACAUUAUAGAAUAAAAAGCUUUAAUUUCUCUAGGAAUAAAGUGGAAAAUUUGUAUUUACAAGACAACAUUUUAUAUUCCUGGAUGGGCCCAAUCAGUGGAGUUAACAAUCUAAAAAUUGUUAAUUUGUCAAAUAAUUUCUGUGCAAAAGUCUAUGAAAGUUUCUUCCAAAACGGUGAUUCUCUUCAGAAAUUAUAUUUGAGCAAUAACUUGCUACGUUUUAGUCUUUCGUCUGAUACAGAUGGAAAAAUAUUCAGAAAUCUCAAAAGUUUGAGUGUUUUAGAUUUAAAAGCAAACAAAAUUUCACACUUACCAAGCGCUGUGUUCAAAAGUCUCGAAAGUCUUAAAUAUUUAGACCUCAGUAGCAAUUUGUUAACUGGAAUUGAUUUUGAUAUUAGAUAUUUAAGGUCACUAAGGGUUCUUGAUUUAUCUUUGAAUCAAAUUCAAUAUCUCUCCGAUUCAGACAUGAAAGCUAUAGAUCAACAUAGGAUGGGAAAAAGUUUAACAAUUAACCUUUCUGGAAAUCCUAUUUUGUGUGCCUGCAAAAGCCUAAAUUUUCUAACAUGGAUAGUUCAUAGUCAAACAUCAGGGGAGAUAAUAUUCGAAUCAUACGAACAAUACUUUUGCGAGAAGGAGUCUCAUGACGGACAAGUUAUGAAUUUCACUAACUCUAAAGUAAUUGGAGAGCUGAGGAAAAAAUGCAAUACCUACACAACUUUGAUAUUUAUGAUGUCCACGCUUAUAUUUUUAUUUGUCAUAUCAUUGGCAAUUGGAAUCUUUUAUCGAUAUAGAUGGAAACUAAGAUACUUCUUUUACAUGACGAAAAGUCGUUAUCAUGGAUAUAAAGCUGUUAGAAGUGAUAGCCAAUCAAAUUUUAAAUACGAUGCCUUUGUUUCCUAUGCCGAUGAAGAUUUGCCGUUUGUUCAGAAAAUGAUUUGGGAAUUUGAAAGAAAUAAUGAAAUACGUUUAUGUAUUCACCAUCGAGAUUUUGUCCCAGGGUAUGACAUUGCCGAGAACAUCAUCACCGCCGUCAACAAAAGCAGGAAAACAAUAAUUAUUUUAUCUCCAAAUUUCAUCAACUCCAGCUGGUGUAUGUAUGAAAUGCACAUCGCUAAAAUGGAAGAGAUAUAUUCCCGCGAUGACCAGAGUGUUCUGGUGAUUAUCUUUUAUAAACCAAUUCCUGCUGGCAAAAUUCCAUUACAAAUUAUGAAUGUUAUAAAAGAGAAAUCAUAUAUUGAAUUCCCAGACGACGAAUACUGUGACGCAAUGUUUUGGAGAAAAGUUAUCGAAACCGCUAAGAAUGUAUAAUCUGUAGAAUGUA